CCUGGGACCAGUGUUUGAAAAAAAAAUUCAAAAAAUUAUAAAUGAAAAUUUAUAUAAAAAUAAGUAAAUAAUUUAAUUAAAAAACAACAACAACAAAUUGAAGAAAAUUACUACAAAAAAAUCAAAUUGGAAAAAUAAGAAAAUUUUCAACAUUUAUGGACUGAGUAAUAGAAAAACAAAAUUUUUUUUCUAAGUAAGCUUAAAUAAUAAGAAGCAUAAAAUCAAUCAUAAAAAAAUUUUUUUUUUUUCAUUUUAAAAUUUUGAAUUUAAAAAGAAGCAACUAGAAAAAUAUUUAAAGAAUAAAAAAAAUAUUUCAUUGAAAAUUUAAUAAGAAAAAUAGAAAAUUUAAUAAUGUCCAGCGCUUUUUCAUACAUACAGUAAUAAAAUAUCAAUGAAAACUAGAAUAAAUUUUACAUUAAAAAUUAAUUGCAUAAGAUUGGUCUUAUGAAACAAAAAAAAUUAAUUAAACAUUAAGAAAUCAACGAAUAUUCAAGAAAUCCUAGAAAGAAGAGCUUAAGGAAAUCAUCAACUUUUCUCAACAAAUUUACUAAAUGUAAAAUACAAGAAAUCAUCCUAGCAAAAUAACAUUAAAGAAGAAAGGGAACUAAGUAAGACAAAAUUAAAAACAAUAACAAAACCGAAAUGAAACAAAAAAAUAAAAUACAUCGCUUGAAUGUUGUCAUCAAUUGAUCAUCGAUUUAAUUUUAAAUGGUGUUGUACCACUCCAGGUGGUAGUCACCAUUCAAAUGUAUUUCAACUUCCAUUAAAUUCAAAUAUAAAUGUAUUGAAAAAGUUUUUAUCAUUAAAAAGAAGAAAGCAAAUUCCUUGGAAGGGCCAUUAUAAAGAGAGCCCCCCAAAAGAAAAACUUCCGUCUGCAUUAAAGUACUAGAUGCAGUGGAAGAAACUGACUCGAUUAAAGGCAGCUACUGGACAUUCGCGUGCGCGAAGAAUGCUUUGUUGUGGAAGAAGAAAGGAAAAUGGAAGAUCAGUUCCUGAUGUUACAGCUAGUCCGGGAAGAGCCCCUCCCGGACCACUGCCAAACCAAAUGCAACACAUGUCAAACCAAAGACAACCAUCAACUGGUGGAGUCAAAGAACCUAUACUACAGGGUGAUUUCCGAAAAGUAUCGGGAAUUAGUUCAGAUGUUUUUCGGCAGAUAGAAGCGGUAGAAAAUGAUCAUGAUCCGAAUACGGCAGCAGCUCUUGAAGCUGUUGAGCGCCGCGGUGAGAUGAUAGUAAGGAUAUUGGAAGCCCGAAAUAUAGGUGGAAAGCAUGCUGUCGAAGCUGCUCAGAGAUUAUUGACAAAAGGUGAUGCUAGACAUACAGUCCAAUUAGUUGAGAUCGUUAAACGACCAGGACAAACCCUUGGACUUUACAUAAGAGAAGGUAAUGGAGCAGAUAGAACAGAUGGUGUAUUCAUAUCAAGGAUAGCUUUAGAAUCUGCUGUUUAUAACAGCGGAUGUCUUAGAGUUGGUGAUGAAAUUUUGGCUGUUAAUCUGGUGGAUGUAACACAUAUGUCAUUGGAUGACGUCGUUAUUAUUAUGUCAAUUCCGCGUCGUUUGGUGUUAGCAAUAAGACAAAGGCGUGGAAAUAGGGGCGGAGCUAGUUCACCAGGCGCCGCACAACUUUCACGGCCAGAGCAAAAACCACCCCCAGUUGUAGUAAUAAAAAGAGAUUUAAGAGAUGAAGACUUAGAUGAACCGGAUCGAUUGCCUAGAUCUCGAUCAUCACGAGAAAGACGUACAGGUGAUGGACGGGAAAUGACAGAAUCUCGAUCGAGGUUAGGCCUAGGCCUAAAUAAUUACAGCCCACAAAGCGAACAAUUAGAUUUAUAUUAUAAUAGUCGUCCAUCGAAUGUUAUAAAUGAACCACCUAGUUGGGGUUAUAAGCCACCGCCUCCCCCACCUUCUGUUAUUACGGAGCAACCUAAAGGUCAUCAUUUUGCUCCAUCUCAUGCAUAUUAUCAGAACGCUGGUACUUUAGAAAGCUUAGCUGAAAAAGUGCAUUCAUUUUAUCCAGGUGGUCCUGGAAGAAGAAUGUCUGCUGGAACAGGUCCUACAGCUGGCGUAACUAUUAAUCAAGCACAUGCACGAUUUCCUCGCAGUGGAUCGGAUCAGCAUUUACCUCGCGUUGAAUAUUCAGACUACGCUACUUCACUGGGACGGCAUUCACUUUUACGAUCAAGUUUGAAAACUGGUGCGCCUAUAGCGACAGCUGGAGGUACGUUAGGUCGAUAUGGCCGUUAUGAACCUUCUAGAACUGCGAAAUAUGGUACACCUCCAAGCGGACCUAGUUCAUUAACGCGCAGAUCACGACCUAACUUAGAUUAUUCAAGCGACACUGAAGCUACAAUAGGACAACCACGACCUAGUUACUAUUAUUACAAUAGACCUGCAAUAGCAAGUGCUAUUCCCUCACGAGCAGGGGCUGCAAGUGUAUUAGGUGGCGGCCCCGACUUAGCUAAAUUUAAUUCAUUACCACGUGAUAGACCUGGAGUAAGAUUGGGUGGAAUAAGGCCAAGAAUUGGUGAUCGACUAUUAGAUGAAACAGACGGAAAUUUAUCAGCUCCUGAAUCUUCAUUGAGAAGAGAGCGUGACUUGUUGAGAGCGAAAAUUACAGCCAGUCCUUCGAUAUUUACGUCUGACGAAUAUCGCGCAUGGUUACGAAGAGCACCAAGCAGUUCAGCGAUUUGUGACCAAAUGAGAAUGUCAAGAGAUCUUUUAGCACAACCACGAAGUUAUCGAUUCUCUUGUAGUGCAGAAAAUAUUCAUGAUGCAUUAAGAAAUACUGAAAGCAUUUAUAGUAGUCGCACUGGCGUUAUGGCUGGCACUUUAGAUAGACAUAUGGGUGCUGCGGGAUUGGCAGGUGCACCCAGAGCUGGACUCUCUGCGCUACCAGUUCGUUCCAUGUCAUCACAGCAUAUUGGUACAGCAUCAUCCAUUAGAAGCCCUAGUAUUCGAAGGAUGAGACAAUUAUUAGAACUCUCUACUGGGGGACCAGGAGUUGUCGGACCUAACAGUCCCAGUGGUAGUAUAAUUAGUGCCGGGCAUCAGAGUCCAGCUCCCACACCCAGUGCAACACUUCCUAGAUCGCACAGACAAAUUGAUAUAAAUCCAGCUGAAUUUGUAAAGUAUAAGUUAGACAAACCUGUAAUGGAAGUAGGUGGAAUAUCUGGAAUGUUGUGGAUUCAUUUAUUAGCUGGACGUGGCUUACGAUCUCAACCAGAAGUUCCUCCUGGAAAUCCCUUGCAACCGCAACAGCCAUUAACUCGUGAUCUUUAUUGCGUAUUAGAAUGUGAUCGGGUUCAUAAAGCUAGAACAGUAGUUCGUUCUGGUGAUUUGCAAUUCGAUUGGGAUGAAUCAUUUGAACUAGAUUUGGUAUGCAAUAAACAAUUAGACGUUUUAGUUUACUCAUGGGAUCCACAACAUCGGCAUAAAUUAUGCUACCGUGGUGCAAUAUCGUUAGCAUCAAUUCUUCGCCAGUCACCAUUACAUCAAUUAGCACUUAAAGUUGAACCUAGAGGGACUAUUUACAUUCGAUUGAGGCAUACAGAUCCAAUAACGUUAUAUAAACGGCGUGGCUUACCAAGUUUGCGAGCUGGAUAUCCACAAUUAUUCGGAGCUGAUCUUGAGACGGUUGUAAAUAGGGAAUCAAAAGGAGCUCCAGGAAGUGCACCAGUUCCAAUUGUAUUGAGACGUUGUGUUGAAGAAGUAGAACGACGUGGUCUCGAUAUUAUCGGUUUAUAUCGAUUGUGUGGUUCAGCAACAAAAAAACGUUUAUUGAGAGAGGCUUUUGAAAGAAAUAGUCGUGCUGUUGAGCUUAGCCCGGAACAUGUUCCUGAUAUCAAUGUAAUAACAGGUGUACUAAAGGAUUACCUCAGAGAACUUCCUGAGCCUUUAUUUACAAGGUGUCUUUUCCAAAUGACAGUAGAUGCUUUAGCGGUGUGCUUGCCUGAUGACCCAGAAGGAAAUGCGAAAUUAAUGCUCAGUAUAUUAGAUUGUUUACCGAGAGCGAAUAGAGCAACACUUGUUUUUCUACUUGACCAUUUAUCCUUAGUGGUAUCUGCAUCAGAACGAAAUAAAAUGUCUGCGCAAGCAUUAGCAACUGUUAUGGGACCACCGUUAAUGUUACAUUCAUCUAACGCACAACCAGGUUCUGAUAUCGAUCAUGCUCAACCUAUUGCGGUACUAAAAUAUUUAUUACAAAUAUGGCCUCAACCACAGUCUGUAACAAGUACUGCCUCAGGUCGGCGCGGCGAGCCAACAGGGCAGCGUGGAAACAAAGUCAGUGCGUCGCAAGUGGACAGACAACUUCUGCAACAGCGGCAGCUGCAGCACAUCAUGGGUAUGGGAUUACAGCAGCAGGCAGCCAACAUGGUACUCUCCCAAGGCCAACAUCAUCCCUUAGCCACAGUCAGCACAGCCAACAUUCCUCAGUUUCAAUCAGUAGCGGCUCAGUCAGUUCAAUUGCAUCGAGUCUCGCAACAAGUGGCCCAACAGCACCUUCAAUCGGAGGCCUCAGCGGGCUCGGUAACGCAAGACCAAUCGCUACUGCCAGGCACACCCUCCCCAGGCAGUAGUUCAACAUCGGGUUCAGGUUCUGGGUCAGGAACUGAUACUGUAAAACGUGGUGCAUCACCAUCGUCUGUAAAACAUGUAAAAAUUCACGAAUCAUCUAGUUCAUUAUCUAUAAGUAAUUCAAAUUCAUCAACUGCAACCGUAAAACUAUCACAAUAUAAUAAUCACCAACAACAGCAACAGCAACAACAACAAAAUGAACAAAUGCAACAAAACGAUUUUACUAGUACAUCAUCAAAUUUAUAUACAAAUUCUAGUAAUAAGAUAAAUAAGGAUAAUAAGGAUAUAAGCAAUAAUGAUAAAAAUCGCUUUAUGAAAAAUCUUAAGGAAAGUAAUAAUGGCGUAAUUAGUAGCAGCACAAAUAGCUAUGGACCAAGUUAUACUAAAUCAUUAUCAGGAUAUGAUAUUGAUAAAGAUAAUGGUAGCACAAUAAUAAAUAAUUCAAUAACAACGAUAUCAUCGAAUGCAUCAAUAUCUCCAUUAGCAUCUGCAUCCGUUAAAUCGUCUUCAGUACUUACAUCAUCAUCUAUAUCUUCAUCAACAUCAUCAAUUAGUAGUAACAUUGCUAGAAUUCAACAAAAAAUACGAUCACGUUCUCGUACCCGUUUCGAAGAUUCUGAUUCAGAUUCAGAAUCGAGGUGCAGAACGCCCAAUCCAUUAUUAGAGCAAUCACAAGCAAUGACAACAACACAAUUAAUGUCAAAGUAUUUAAAACGUGAACCACUUGUUUCAAUGACAUUAACGGAAUCACCGUGCCCGCCAAUUAUGUCAUCAUUAUCUUCAUCUAUACGUGAUAUAUGCGCAGCAUCACAAUCAGCCACAUCUAAAUAUGAUAAGCCCACAUCGCAAUCUUUAGGAGAAGCAGAAGAUCCUACUAGUAAUUUAUUUAAUACUAUUAAAACUCAUUUAAGUAGCAGCAGUUCGUAUAUUUUCCCAUCUGGUAAUAUGAAAUCAUCAUCAGCACCAUCAACAACAACUACAGCAACAGGGGGCACUUCUGCCUUUUCUGGAUCAACGAUAUCAACUGCAAUCGAUGAUUAUGAAAAGAAAAAUAUUAUACAUAAACAAAGUUCCUCAACAACAGAUACAACUGGAAGACAAACUUCAUCAUCACCAAUAAGAUCUGAAUUACAUGAUAGUAAUGUUGUAACGUCAUCAGCAAAUUCAUCAUCAGUUGUAGCUAGAAAUGUAUCAUUAUUUCAAACAAAAACACAGUCAUCAUCAUCUACAGAUUCAUCAGCAUCAAUAUCAUCGGCUUCAGACUCGAAUAAUUAUUUAACUAACAAUAAAAAUUUAAUAAUUGAUGAAAAACAAUUUAAUAAUUUUAAUAAUUAUCCAGUAAGUCCAGAUCCAUUUAAUACAUCUUUCAUAAAUUUUGAUAAGUUAGGUUCAUCAGCUUCAUUAUCUCAAAGUGCAUACGGUGCUGGUAUUACUGGUAAUGGUAGUGGUAUUGGUAGUACAAACGGUACAGGUAUAUUAGGUUCUGGUAAUGGUAGUUCAGGUAAUGGCCAUUAUAAUAUUUAUGGAACAUUACCAAAAACUAUUAGUUCAGCAGCAAUGCUAUCAUCAACAUCUUCAUAUUUAUCAUCUGGGGGCGGUAGUUCUGAUACUACAAGUGGUGUUAGUUCAAUGGCUGGUUCAACAACCAGUUAUGAUUAUUAUAUGAAUUCUAGUAGACAAUAUAGUUUAGGUAGCACAAGUUUAAAUGGUAGUGGUGGUAACUAUCAUACAUUAGGUUCAUAUAGAGUACAGUAUACAGCAACGAAUCCAUUUCUAGAUAUAUUUGAACCUGGAAAUGGAAAUAAUGGUAAUCAUGGUAAUGGUAACGGAAAUGGUAGCAAAAGAUCAUCUUCGACCGCAUUAAAUUCAGUUCGAGAUCAGUACAGUACUGAAAAUGAUUUAAAAUAGAAAAUUAAACAAAAUUAAAUUUAUUAUUUAAAAAUAAUAUUAUAAAAAUUUACAUUGAAUCAUGUGUGACACGAAUGCAAAAUUCUUUAAAAGUACAUAAUUAAAUUACAAAAAAGAAAAGAAAAUUAUACUAAAUAUAGAUAUCUGUAAAUGUAGAAUUAUAAAAAAAUAUACAAAAAAGAUAGAUAAAAAGUCAAUACAAUUUAUUCUAAAUUAUAUUAUAAAAACAAACAAAAAGAAAGAGAAUGUUAACAUUCUUAACAUUACAGAAUGCGCAUUAAUUGUAUGAUUACAUUGUUUUUUUUUUACAUAAAAAAUCUCGUUAAGCAGACACCUUAGAUAUCCUUGUGAUAUCAUUAUUUUCCUGUAAAACCCUAUGUUUUUAU